UAUUCAACGUAAUUAUUACGACAAAUACUAUUUGAUGAUAGCGAGUUGCUUAUCAAGUGCAUACAAAAGUGCAUUCAGUUUUUGUGACCCACUGAUUUAGAGCAGUACAAUUUUGAAUAGUUGGUUUUACGUGGACGCCCUGACCUAAUUUAAUUGAUCGACUGAAAGCUUAUUGGCUUGGCUUGCAAUCAAGAACCAGUUAGCAAGAGUGUGAACAGUGUUAAAUUAUAGUUGAAUCUCGACCCUAAUUUUCCGUCAUGUCUUAUGACCGCAACACAAAAAUUCUCAGCGGAAUUGACGUUCCACCAUUCUACCAUCCAAAUUUAACGCUAGGUGAAUUUUUUCUGCACUACCUACAGCGUGAUUCGACUCGAAUUAUUCAAACUAAUCACGAUGACGGGGUUGAGAUGUCAGCUGGUGAAAUGGCUCGGCUUGGCUGCAGUAUUGCGGCUGGACUUUUGAAACACUUAAAAACUGGAGACGUCGUUGGAAUCGUCUGCAAAAAUACAACUUAUCUUGCAGCACUGGUUCUCGGUAGCGUCUUGGCAGGUACACCCAUUUCGGCUGUUGAUCCAGUUUUUUCGUCCAAGGAAAUAUCUCACUUUUUUGAUCUCACGAAGCCUAAGAUGAUCUUUUGCGACGGGGACAACAUGGACAAAUUGAAAGAAGUUUUACGGCAAUGUAAAAUUGAUUGUAAAUUGGUAACUGUAGAUGAGAAGGUGGCGGGAAGUGAAUAUUUGUUUGAUAUAAUCGAGACAUCCGGCACGGACUCUCAGUUCAGUCCGCGAAGACCAACCACCCUAGCUUCACAAAAUUGUGCAGUUAUUUUGUGUUCAUCAGGCACCACUGGACAUCCAAAAGCAUGCAUGCUGUCGCAUCAGCAAUGUAUGACUUUAACAAAAGCAGGGCCCUACUACGUAAAAUUAUUUUCCUUCAGUAAAAUGUAUUGGGUUACGGGCUUUACUGGUCUCAUGCAAUCGCUAGCAAAUAAUAUCAACAGAAUCAUCACGAAGUGUAAUUUUUCACCGGAGCUCUUCGUCGAAAUUAUCGAAAAGCAUAGGGUUAACGCGAUUGUAAUUCCUCCACCAAUAGCUGCGUUGCUAUUGAAGUCGGAGAUAGUUAAGAAAGCAGAUUUCAGCUCAAUAUUCGUGGCUAUAUUGGCAGGAGGACCUAUGGACGUCAGCGCGAGAAAAGAAUUCCAGAAGUAUUUGAAAGUCGGAUCAAUCGUGAUGACCUACUCAAUGACGGAAACAGGUUCCCUUAUAUCGUCAACAGCUCCUUUCGAACCAAUCACAAACUCAUGUGGAAAACCGUCUGCCAAUAUUAAAAUCAAAAUCAUCGACCAAGAUGGCAAAUCAUUAGAUGCAUUGCAAAUUGGUGAAAUUUGUGUUAUUGUACCGUACAAGUUUCUCGGUUACAGCAACAACAAAGACGAAACAGAGAAAGCUUUCGAUUCAGACGGAUGGUUGCGAACGGGUGAUCUUGGUUACAUCAAUGAGGGUGGUGAAAUUUUCGUGACUGAUCGGCAGAAAGAGUCAUUCGACCAGUUGAACUUCGUAGUUUAUCCCUCUAUGCUCGAAUCAUGGAUUGACAAGAUGAACGGGGUGAAUGCUGUGUGUGUGGUAGGCAUUCGAGAUUCAGCUGAUUUUCAUGCAGCGGCUGUUGUAGUCAAGGAAGCGGGAAGCUCCAUCACAGAAAAGGAAAUUGUCGACGAAAUUGCUAAAAAUUUUUUGAAUGCCCAACAACUACAUGGUGGAGUAUAUUUUGUUGAAUCAUUGCCAAUGACGUCUACUGGUAAGAUUAAACGUCUGGAAGCUAGAGCCAUUGCGGAAAAGAUGACCGAUCAGAAGCGACAGUGAAAUCUAUUGACUUAAUGUGGUUAAACAGUUCCAUUCAAUUAAAAUCGAACAACUAGUCGU